GCAUAAUCCCAUCCAGAUCGCGGGCUUGCCUUUCGGCUAUACAUCGCCAAAGUUGGCAUUUAGACUGGGCGCCGAUGAAUAUUCAACGAUUGGAAUCGCGAAAAGUGGCGAUCAAGUUAAGAGGAAGAUUUGGACAGAGUGCUGACUUGACCCCAUUUUUUCGAAAUAGAACCCGUGCCCGGUCAAGAGUCACUUGAAGAUGCCGAGAAAGUCUUCUUGGUGGGCAGAGAUCUGAGCUAGCAAACAGUUCGAUUCCAUCUGGCAAAACCAGCAGAUCGAAAUAAAGACAAAUUAUAAAAUGGCGAGGUUUAGUGGAGUUAUCCUGCUCCUAGCAAUCGUCCUUUUGGCCCUUUUCGUGGCCGAUGGCCUAGCGGAGAAGAACACCAAUAGACAAAAGCAGCAGAACCCCAGGCCCGGAAACCAAGGCUUGGGUAACCGCAAAAACAAGCGUCCAAAGCCCCAACAAGGCCAGAAACAGAAGCCCAACAAGCAACAGGUGCAGAAUGCCCAAGAACCCAAGGUGUUCACUGCAACGGUUCCCGAUUUGGGCAGGCUCCGAGGCCGAACUCUCAACACCGAUUGGACUGGAAAGAAGAUAAUGCAGUUCCUAGACAUUCCCUAUGGAAAAGCCGAGAGAUUUAAGCCAGCUGAGCCAGCACCAGCUUGGAGGGGCGUCCUUCCCGCCCAUCGACCCCACGCCGGCUGUCCAUCCAUUCAGGAUCUGAUCGUAUUCGCUAAGCUGGAAGAGAACGGCUUCGAUGUGGAGGACUGCCUGCGGCUGACAGUGAGCACCAAGGCGAUGGAGGGCAAGUCCCUACCGGUAAUGGUGUACAUCCACGGAGACUUCUUCUACGACGGCGACUCCGUGGAGGCAGCUCCCGGGUAUUUGUUGGAGCAGGAUGUCGUCCUGGUGUCCGUGCGCUAUCGCCUUGGACCUUUUGGCUUCCUGUCCACGCUGACCGACGAGAUGCCUGGCAAUGCAGCGGUCACCGAUAUUAUCCUGGCGCUCCAGUGGGUGCAGAAGCACAUCGCAUCCUUCGGUGGCGAUCCACAAAGAGUGACCCUAUUCGGUCAAGUGGGCGGGGCAGCUCUGGUAAACGUCCUCACCCUGAGUCCAGCGGUUCCGGCCGGCCUCUUCCACCGCGUCAUCUAUCAGUCGGGCACCGCCCUGUCGCCCGCCUUCAUCACGGAUGCACCGCUGAGUUCCACCAAGGCCAUCGGCCGGAUUGCGGGCUGCAAACAGCCCACCAAGGUUGAUCAGCUGAACAAGUGCCUGACCCGCCUGAAUGCCACCAUGCUUCUGGCCGCCUUCAGUGUCCACGGCGAGGACCAGCCCUCGUUGUCGGGUGGAGCGUACGGCGGAGUGCAGCUCGUAAUCGGAGGUCCUUCUGGCAUCCUGCCGGAGCAUCCAGGUCGCUUGCUGGCCGCCGAGAAGUUCCAGGCCUAUCCCACAAUGGGCGGUAGCGUCAAGCACGGCGGCACCUUUAUGCUGAGAGACAUUUUUGCGGACAUCUUUAACGAGACGAUUUUGGAUGACAAAAUGACGGGACGCCAGUACAUCGACACCAUUAUCGAACAGGCCAAUGGCGCAGAUCCCACUGGAUCGUGGAGGGAGUUCUCCGACGAGGAGAUCUUUUCUGAUGCUGAUGUUAAGAACGGCACCUUUAAGCGCCUGACCCCGGGUCUCAUUGAUCUCUGCAGCACUAUUUCUCUAAAGAAUCCUGUGCUGCUGGUCUUGCAGGCCAACGCCAAGAAGCUGCCCAACAGCACUUACCUGUACAGCUUCGACUACGAGGGCGAGCAGAAUCGCUAUGCCACCGAUCAGAGCGAGGCCAGCUUCGUGCCCUUCGACAUGGGGGUUUCGCUUACGGACGACAACCUGUACCUGUUCCCCUGGCCGCGUUUCAUUUCCCUCAACUCGAACCGCGAUCUCAAGGUGGCCAGGCGCAUGGUGGCCCUGUGGACGUCCUUCGCGGCGACGGGGGUUCCCCAAGCACCCGGUCUGCCCACCUGGCCGACCAUGAGCGACGAAACAGGACCCUACAUGAGGAUUGGUCGCACCGUUAGUUUCGGCGACAAUUACCUGGACGAAUACCGCAUUGCCGUUGAGGAGGUGAAACAAGGAUACAGCUUGGUCAACCAGGACUACUACGAUUUGGAAUCGGCUCUGCUGGCGGCCAGCAAACAGGAUCAAUUGCCCGCCUCCGACGAGGAGGAUGACCAGGAGGAUGAAACCGAAGGGGAGAGGGCUGCCAAUGAGGCUCGCGGCCAGAACUUGGUCUUCAUUGCCAGGAAGUCCACGCGCACUCAGAAGCAGUAGAGCCACGAAAUCAUUUGAUCCACGCUUUCCUUUUAUUUAUUUUGACAAAGAACUUUCCUAA